AUGGGGCACUCCGUUUUCACCACUGAACGCGAUUCCCUCUCUUCCGUUCUGCUCGGCCUUCUCCCUAGCAAUGUCCGUCGAAGCGUGUCCCUUCAGUCCUCCUACCCGCGUUCAGCGGCCGGCAUUCCGCGGCCCCCCUCUGCCGGCUCCAUCCUCCCCCCUCCCCGCGUUCUCCGCUGCAACAGGAUCCUCCGACGGCUGCGAUCGUCGCUGCGGUUCUGGCUGCAAUCGUGGCCGUUCUCGUUCACGCCCGUCAAGUCGUCUCUCUCACUCUCACGCCAGCCUUCCUUUGAUCGGCGACGAACCGCCGGCCUCUUCCCCCUCUUCUCCCGCUCCCCCCGCUUCUCCUGCCUGCGGAGACCCCACCCGCUGCUAGCGCUGCUGCUGCUAGCAGCCGCGUUAGUCAGCCUGUGGGAUGUAGAAUUCGUGGUGGAGAUCGGUGACGAUCGCACGCGCGCUGCUUCAAGCACGAUAGGAGGGGACCAUCUGAGGAGGAGGGGAAGAGAAAGCUGGGGAGCAGAGGAAAUCUUAGCACAAGAAAAUUUACGUCAUUCGACGUUAUGGUCGUCAGCGUCAUCAAGCAGUGGCAGCGCGAGCCGCGAUAACUGUGGGAGUAGCCCCCAGAGGCGCACCAGUGGCAAUGAACACUCCCCCAGAGGCGCACCAGUGGCAAUGAACACUCCCCCUCUUCACCCCUCACUCCCUCCGUUUCCCCGUUUCUCCCACCAAACCCCGUUCCGCCCCAUCAGAAGCAGUGGCAGCGCAAGCCGCCAGACCCUGGUAGUGCGAGCCACCAUACCUGUGGUGUGGGAGGAGGCCCCAGAGAAGCAAUGGCAGCGCGAGCCACCAGACCUGUGGGAGGAGCCCCCAGAGGCGCUGCAGUGGCGCCCAUGCGCCCUUGGCGACUCUUCUCUCUCUGCUCCCGCCGGUUCUGCUGCCACUCACUCUGCCAGCCAUAUACCGAGGAGAGGUGCUGGUAGUGAUGGCGCCGCUGCUGCUGGCGGCGGCAGCAGGAGCAGCAAUGGCGACAGCAGCAGCGGGGGAAGGGCGGAUGCGGGUCCGUUCUUCUCUGUGGCAGCAAAGGGUGGUCUCAGCCAGCUCAGAGUCGCGACAUGCAACGCAGCAGCGGUCGCGUUUUACCUCAACGCCACGCUCCUCCUCCCGCGCUUCCUCUCCUUCUCCUCACCCAGUUUGGGGAGGCAUUUGACUCAAAUAACUUCAUCUCAUCAUUCUCUGCUUGCCUCUCGUGUGCUUGCCUCUCGUGUGCUUGCCUCUCGUGUGCUUGCCUCUCGUGUGCUUGCCUCUCGUGUGCUUGCCUCUCGUGUGCUUGCCUCUCGUGUGCUUGCCUCUCUUGUGCUUGCCUCUCUUGUGCUUGCCUCUCUUGUGCUUGCUUCCAUGCAUGGGACUGUGGUCAUCAGGAAGCUUCCCCCCUCCUUCCAGUCUCUCAAUGUCAACAUCAUGGGAGUCAACGUAUCUGAGAAGCAGUUCCCCCGGGAAGUGCCACUGCAGCUCUUUCUGCGCCUGGUGCCGCUGAUGAGGCGCGUGGGGCUCAUCCACUUCCACGGCUUCCUCAACGCCCUCGCCUCCGACCCCAUGCCGCUGCAUGUUCAGCGCCUGCGCUGUCGAUGCAUGUUCCACGCCCUCACCUUCCUGCCAGCCGUCCAUGCCACCGCACAGCUGGCCAUCCAACGGCUACGAUCAGCCGCUGGGGCACUGCCACGUGUGCAAGAGCAGUGGAUGGACGGCGAGGAUGAAGCAGGGAAGCGAGGUGCUGGGAAUGGGGAAAAUCAGGGCAAAAAAUAUGAAAGAGAAAGGAUGGAAGGCCAGGUUGAGAGUCAGGUGAGAGCACAGGUGAAAGGUCGGGUGAAUGACACAUCUGGGCAAGUGCACUCAGGCAUAGGCCAUUUGGGUUCUCAAGAGCCAGAGCCCCCAGCAGGCAUCCCUCGCUACGUGGCGGCUCACAUCCCCUUUGACGCCGUCUCAGCCGCCUACUCCCUCUGCUCCUUCACCGCUCGCCACCACCACAACGAUCACCACAACCAAACCCAAGACCAGAACCAACACGACAACCAGUACGAGCAGCAGGGCCAGGGCCAACAGCGGGAUGAGGCGGAGGAGGAAGCGGAGGAGCUGAGGGACAUCCGGCGGCUGCUGUUCCCCGUGCUGCACGCGUACGAGCAGCAGGGCCGCCUCAACGCCCCCGACUGGUACCGCCGCAUCGGCCGCUGCCCCGUCGCCCCUGAGGAGGCGGCGCUGGUGCUGGCCGGCAUGGGCGUGGGGAGAAUGCGCCCGCUGUUUCUCGUAGGGGUGUCCGCUGAGCCGUGCAGGCUGGUGCUUGGGGGUGAAUCGGUGCUGAGCGGUGGGGAUGGUGGGAUGCAGGGUGGGAGGGAGGAAGAGUGGCGGGAGGAGGAGGGGUGGAUUAGGGCGCAGCAGGAGCAGCAGCUGAGGGGGCCGGGCAGGCGGUGGUUCAACGGGUGCCGGCGGUUGGAGGCAGUGCGAGCGCUCUUCCCCUUCCUCUUGUCCAUCGAUACCCUCCUCUCCCCUCUCGAGAUCGCCCCCUACUCCCACUCGCCUCUCCUAAUCACCGCCCUUGAAACCAUUGUGGCCAGCGAAUCAGAUCUCUUCCUUGCCGCGGACGGCAGCAGCCAGCUGGCAGCGCUCGUGGCCGGGCGGCGCAUGUACUUCGGAUCCAGAUCUGACAAAAAAUAUGGUUACCAGCAUGGUUACAGGCCGUCUGUGCGUAUCAACCGCGCACAGCUGGCGGAGGAUCUGGGCGGCGGGAAAGAUUUGCGGGCAGGGGAAGAGUGGAUUGGGGAUGCGGAGGAGAGGAUAAUGGAGUGGGAGGAGGUGGAGGAGCGAGUGAGGGCGAUGGUGGGGGAGAGCAAGAGUCUCGUUCCUCUCCAGCUCCUUGGGAGAUCUGUUGAGCUGAUCAAGUUGGACAGAGCGGCCAUGGCGUCAUUGUCGACCGCGGGGGUCGGCGUCGGUCAGAGUGCCUCCUCGUUCGUCGCAGGGAGCAAGAGUCUCUCGUGCGGCCGAAAGCAGCCAGCAGCGAGCGUUUCUUUCGCGGGCAAGCAGCGGCACGUUGCUCCCAUCAGAGCUGCUUCGUCCGGGUCCGGCGGAAAUGGCGACUCUAAUAAGGAGAAGCCCGCAAUGCAGAGCCUGUACGACCUGGGCAGCAAUCUGCUCACGCGCGUGCUGAGCGGCGGCGACAUGUCGGGCAUGCCCACAGCGUCCGGCGAGGUGUCGGACCUCGUCGGCCGCCCGCUCUUCUUCGCCCUCCACAACUGGUUCCUCGAGCUAGGAGGCGUGUACCGUCUCGCCUUCGGCCCCAAGGCCUUCGUGGUCAUCUCUGACCCAAUCGUUGCGCGCCACGUGCUCAAAGAGAAACCCUUCGCCUAUGACAAGGGCAUGCUGGCGGAGCUGCUGGAGCCCAUCAUGGGCAAGGGGCUCAUUCCCGCUGACUUUGACACAUGGAAGCAGCGCAGACGAGCCAUUGUGCCGGGCUUCCAUGCCGCCUAUCUGGAGGCCAUGGCGCUGGUGUUCUCCGAGUGCUCCAAGUGCUCUGUCGACAAGCUGCAGGCACUGUGCGACCAGGCUGGAGCCACGGCGGCGGGUGAGGGCGUGCGCAUGGACAUGGAGUCGGAGUACUCGUCCAUAGCGCUGGACAUCAUUGGCAUCUCCGUGUUCAACUAUGACUUUGGGUCGGUGACGCGCGAGUCGCCCGUCAUCAAGGCCGUGUAUGGCACGCUGUCCGAGGCCGAGCACCGUGCCACCUUCUACAUCCCCUACUGGAACAUCCCUUUUAUAAGCCUGGUGGUGCCGCGCCAGAUGAAGUUCCAGCAGGACCUCAAGGUCAUCAACGACUGCCUCGACGACCUCAUCACCCGCGCCCGUGCCACGCGCCAGGAGGACGAUCUAGAGGCGCUGCAGCAGAGGGACUACAGCAAGGUGCGGGACGCCAGCCUGCUGCGCUUCCUGGUGGACCUGCGGGGGGAGGACUGCGAUGACAAGCAGCUGAGGGACGACCUCAUGACCAUGCUGGUGGCCGGGCACGAGACCACCGCUGCCGUGCUCACCUGGGCUACUUACAUGCUCGCUCAGCACCCGCGAGUGCUGGCGAAGCUACAGGAGGAGGUGGACGCAGUGCUGGGCGACCGGCUGGCCACGCUGCAAGACAUCAAGUCCCUCGAGUACACCCGCCUGGUGGUAUCAGAGGCUCUCAGGCUCUACCCCCAACCGCCGCUGCUCAUUCGCCGUGCGCUGGCCAAUGACCAUCUGCCAUCUGGGUACAAGGGCAAUCCCGAGGGCUACAACCUUCCCAAGGGCACCGACCUCUUUGUCUCUGUGUUCAACAUCAACCGCUCGCCGCACUACUGGGAGAAUCCGGAGGAGUUUCGGCCGGAGAGGUUCCUGGAGAGGAGGAGCGGCGAUGGCAUCCCCGGGUGGGAUGGAUACGACCCUGACCGGCUCGCAGGGGCGCUCUACCCCAACGAGGUGGCCUCUGAUUUCGCCUUCCUCCCUUUUGGUGGCGGCCCGCGCAAGUGUGUGGGGGACCAGUUCGCGCUGAUGGAGUCCACAGUGGCGCUCGCCAUGAUCCUCCGCCGCUUCAACGUGCGUCUGGAUGGCCCACCGGAGGACACCGAGAUGGUCAUGGGAGCCACCAUGCACACCAAGUCUGGGCUCUGGUGCCGGCUCACGCCGCGGGAAGGCAUAGCUGUGGCUGCUGAUGCUUCCGCUGCUGCGACUGCCAACGCGUGA